GAUCUGUCACUUGUCAAAUUUGCUUUGCUGAAAUGUGGUCGCAUUUGGUGAAAUCGUAAACGGAAAACUGGUCGUUCGAGCAGUAAUCCACAAGUUAAUGAACGGUUUGAUACUGUCGCAGGUGAAUAAUAUCAUAAGCCCAAAGUAAAUAAACGUGGAAUAUUUAUGAAUUAAUACUCAAGUCUAGAUAUCAGAAUGUCUUAUGAAAAUCACCCUGUUUUGUUGAGGGUUUUGGCCCAUUCAGUUGCAAUAGCUGACAUGGCUGGCACAUUAAUCAGAAAUGUGUUAAAAGCAGGAGAAUUAGGAGUCGUACAUAAGGGUAAAGAUGAUCCACAAACAGAGGCUGAUCGUUCAGCACAAAGGUGUAUAAUGGCAUCAUUAUUGAAAUCAUUUCCUGAUCUGACUGUUAUAGGAGAAGAGGGUCAAUUAAACUUGAAUAUACCUGAAGAAUGGAUAGUGACAACAGGCGCUCAGGAUGUUUUAGAAAGAAAGUGCCUGCCAGAACAUUCCUCAAUUCAAGAAAAGGAUAUAGUAGUAUGGGUUGAUCCACUGGAUGGCACUCAAGAAUUUACAAAAGGUAAUUUGGAUAAUGUAACAGUACUAAUAGGAAUAGCAGUUGACGGUAAAGCUAUUGGAGGAGUGAUUCAUCAACCAUUUUUUGAGAAUAGCAAAGGUCGCACAAUUUGGGGUUUGAGAGGAAUAGGCUUCAGUGGCAUUACUUUAAGCAAUCGUCUACAGAACAAAUUAGUAAUUACCACUUCACGGUCUCACACUGACUCUAAUGUGAUAGCAGCAAUAAACGAAUUACAACCAGACGAAGUCUUACAUGUCGGAGGUGCAGGAUUUAAGGUCAUACAGUUACUUGAUGGAAGCGCAAAUGCGUAUGUAUUUGCUAGUCCAGGGUGUAAGAAAUGGGAUACCUGUGCACCUGAAGCUAUAUUAGAAAUAGCAGGAGGAAUGCUGACUGAUGUAUUCGGGAACAAAUAUGUUUAUGACAAAGAUGUUCAAUAUCCUAACUCUAAGGGUGUGAUUGCCACAGCACCUUGUUUGAACCACACCGAUCUUAUCAAUAAAAUGUCCCAGGAAAUAAAAUCUAAGUUAAUGAAUUAG